AGAUACAUGUGAACCGGACCGGACCGCCCUUCUCUGAUCAGAGCAAAGCCAAUUUCGGACCGGUUCGGAGCGGCGCCAGCUUCGAUGUCUUUCUUCGCCAGGCGCCUCGUACGGAACAAGAACCUGCGUGCAACUCCAUCGAUCAACCGUGCGUACCACUCUUCUUUUGAUGCCUGCGCCGAGCUGAUCGACGCUUGCGCUCGUAAUCGAGCACUUCGCUCGGGCAAGGCCCUUCACGCCCAUCUGAUCGUGACGGGCCUUUGUGCUUCCGCCCACAUUGCCUCCAAAGUCAUCGGCUUCUACCGAUGUGGGAGCACGGUCGAUGCCCGACGCGUGUUCGAUGAAAUUCCUGAGACAGAUGUUCGCCGCUGGGCCGUCCUCCUCGGUGCCUUUGCUCGGCGUGGAUACCAUCAGGAGGCUUUGCAUGCGUUCCUCGAGAUGCGGAGGGAGGGGAUGGAGCCCAACGAGUUCGUGUUUCCCAGCAUCCUCAAAGUCUGUGGGCAGCUCUCGGAUCGGCGGGCUGGAGAGAAUGUGCACGCUUUGGUUCUGAAACUGUCGGUUGAAGACGAUUUGUUCGUCAAUUCCGCGUUGAUUGAUAUGUACUCGAAAUGUGGGCACGUCGAGAAGGCGCGCGCGGUAUUUGAUAUGAUGGUAGAGAAAGAUUUGGUCACAUUCAAUGCCAUGGUUUCAGGUUAUGCUCAGAAUGGCUUUGCAAAAGAGGCAAUUGGAUUGGUAGAGAAGAUGAAGUUUUGGGGUCUGAAGCCAGAUGUUGUGACCUGGAAUUCAUUGAUUAAUGGGUUUUCACAGAAGGGCGAUCCUCUGGCUGUUCGAGACCUGCUCAAGUCAAUGAGCUCUGCUGGUAUUGAGCCGGAUGUGGUGUCUUGGACUUCUAUUAUAUCUGGACUUGUACAGAGUUUCAAAAACGAAGAUGCUUUUAAGACAUUCAAGGAGAUGAUGGCUUGCAGGGUUUACCCCAAUUCGGCCACCAUUAGUAGUCUCUUGCCUGCUUGUGCUACAUCUGCCAAUGUGAGGCUUGGGAAGGAAAUGCAUGGUUAUGCAGUUGUGCUUGGGGUGGAGAACGAUAUCUUUGUGAAAAGCGCUCUUCUUGACAUGUAUGCGAAAUGCGGUCUUAUAACUGAAGCUAAGUUGUUAUUCUCUGACAUGUCUGAAAAGAACACAGUCUCUUGGAAUUCCAUGAUCUUUGGGUUGGCCAGCCAUGGUUAUUGUGACGAAGCAAUUGAAACUUUUGCUCAGAUGGAGAAGGAAGAUAGUAAGAGGGUCGAUCACCUGACCUUCACGGCAGCUCUCACUGCUUGUAGUCAUGGAGGUAUGAUUGAACUUGGACAGAGUUUGUUCCACAAGAUGCAGGAAGCUUACAAGAUAGCACCAAGGCUCGAGCAUUAUGCUUGCAUGGUGGAUCUUCUUGGUAGAGCUGGAAAACUAUCAGAAGCUUAUGACUUUAUUAAGGCAAUGCCCGUGGAACCUGAUUUGUUCGUGUGGGGAGCCCUACUAGGGGCAUGUAGGAACCACGGGAACUUGGAACUCGCAGAAAUAGCGGCUCAGCAUCUUUCAAGGCUUGAGCCUGGAAAUGCAGGGAAUAAUAUGUUGCUGUCUGAAUUAUAUGCCAAUGCCAGUAAUAAUUGGAAUGCAAGGUUAAGAAUGAAAAGAAGAAAACUGAUGAAGUUUCUUGGUUCUAGUUGGAUAGCUGGCUGAUGCUCAGACACAGCUUGAAGUGAAUGCUAUUAUGUUAUCUCCAUCCUGAGAAUGAAAAAGUUUACUCUUGCACAUUAAAGCAGGUGCAAUUACAAUUACAAUCAGUUACAACUACAUUGUUACAACUCAGUACAUGACUACUGUGGAAGAAUCAGAUGAUGAGCAGAGAUAAUUGGUGAUUCCAUUGGAUGGUUCAGAUCAAGAGCAACCAUUUGAAUGAGGAGAUCAGGAAACUGGGAACUUGCCAAGAGAAAAGAUAGAUCUAUUGUAGUGGGAGCCACAUUUCUUGUAUCUAUCUCAAAAUCCCAGUCAACACCAUCGACUGGUGACGAGUAUUGACAUGCCCUGCGGGGUUGAUGAAGGAAGGAUUGGCAUUGAGCCAUGUCUUAUGGUUUGAUAGGAGUGUAAAUGUGGAACCUGUAUGAUUAGACAAGCAGCAUGCUUGUUUCUCAUUGCCUGAGAAGUUAAAACGCAUCUUAUUACAAUUACCAUGAAAAUUGCAACAAAUGGGCCAAAUAAGAGAAAUAUUUUUGUGUCCAAUUCUCCAAACCCUAUUUUAAGCCCAUGGAGAUACUCCUCCGGGGCCAAUAUCUCAUUUUUGCUGCAGCUAUAAAAGAAGAGAAAGAGAAGAAAGAAGAGAGGAGGGUACGAGAAAAGAAAGAAACCAAGAGAGAGAGGAAGGGUUUUGGUUCAUUAAGCCAUGGACAACUUGACCCAUUGAAUCAACGUUGUUUCGAAGUGCUCGCUACGACAUAUCAGAAGAAAGCAAUAUCAGCGGGGAUUUCUGAGAGCUGAAUUUCGAUAUAAGUUGAGAUAAUUUGGUAGUCGCUGGAGAUGUAUAUAUUCUAUAUUGUGGAAUUUAAAUCUCUAAACCUGUAACCAGCUUGUUGUUUUGUCAAUUUUCUACAUAUGGUUAUGUAUAUGAUG